CGGCGCGGAAUUCUGAAGUUGGCAACCCGGCAACGUCGCGGUCAAUGUGACGGUCCACGAGCGGAGAAGACACGCAGAGAUACGGAGACACACACACACACAGACACGGAGACACACACACUCGAGCCAUGCAGCAGUCGGACGACAUGGAGGGUUCCAUGGAAUCCCCCAACCUGGAGUUUGAGUAUGGGGACACAGACAGUCUGACCGCAGAGCUCUCAGAGCUGUACAGUUACACUGAGGAGCCUGAGUUCAGUCUGAACAGGGACUGCUUUGAGGAGGAUUUUCGGAGUCAUGUGAAGGGCAGGAGAUGGGUGGAGCUGAGUGUGGAUGAACAGAGAGUAUAUAUCAUGCGACUGCUGGAUGCUCUAGAGGUCACGGAUAGAGACAAGAGACUCAAAGUGGCUCGGGCUAUACUCUACUUGGCCCAGGGGGUGUUUGAUGAAUGUAACACAGAAUCAGAUGUUCUCCAUUGGUCACGACACAAUGUCUUUCUGCUCUAUGAGAUGGGCAUCUUCACUGCACUGCUGGAGCUGCUCAGCAUGGAGAUUGAUAAUAACCAGGCAUGUAGCAGUGCUGUGAGGAAACCUGCCAUAUCCCUUGCAGACAGUACUGAACUCAGGGUUCUAUUGAGCAUCAUGUAUCUGAUGGUGGAGACGAUCCGGGUGGAAACAGGAGACGACAAGCCGGAGUGGAUGAAAGCUCGAGAGUCCUUCAAAACCGAGCUGGGUUCACCACUCUACAAUGGGGAGCCCUUUGCCCUUCUCCUUUUCACCAUGGUAACCAAGUUCUGCAGCAUGAGUGCCCCCCACUUCCCAAUGAAGAAAGUGCUGCUGUUGCUGUGGAAGACUGUACUGUUCACUCUGGGUGGUUUUGAGGAGCUGCAGGAAAUGAAGUUUAAAGGGAGAGAGAACCUGGCUCUGCCUCCGCUCCCUGAGGACAGUAUUAAGGUUGUCCGGAGCAUGAGAGCAGCCUCACCUCCAGCCACUGCCAUGGAGCUCAUUGAACAGCAGCAGCAGCAGAAACGAGGACGCCGGAGUCGCAGGAGUGCCUUUGUUGAUAGCUUGGAAGGAGACAGUCCCUUUGCCAAGAAGCAGCCUCUGGUCAAGCAGGACAGCCUGGACACCUACAAUGAACGUGACCCCUUUAAAAAUGAUGACGCUCGUGAUGAGGAAGAUGAUGCCGAGGAUGUGGACAGUGGAAUAGAGGGUGAAGUUGAUCCCCUCGACCGUGAUGUCAUCAUCCAGCCCCCUCCUCCUCCACCUCCUCUGCGGCCACCUACUGAGAGAGUGACUUUCCCUAAAGGGCUACCGUGGGCUCCUAAAGUCCGAGAGAAAGACAUUGAGCAUUUUCUAGAGACUAGUAGGAACAAGUUUAUCGGCUUCACCCUGGGAAGUGAUACAGAGACCCUGGUUGGCUUGCCCAGACCCAUUCAUGAGAGUGUGAAGACACUUAAACAGCACAAGUAUGUCUCCAUUGCCGAAGUUCAGGUCAAGAGAGAGGAGGAGCUACAGCAGUGCCCCAUGACCAUGGGGGAGGAGGACGUGGAGGAGACACCUGCAGAAAUCCUGUAUAUAGGAAUGCUUCCCAGCCUUUCUCAGUAUGUGAUUGCCCUGUUGAAACUACUUCUGGCUGCGGCUCCAACCUCUAAGGCCAAAACGGACUCCAUCAACAUCCUGGCUGAUGUUCUGCCAGAAGAAAUGCCCAUCACUGUCCUCCAGAGUAUGAAGCUUGGCAUUGAUGUGAAUAGACACAAGGAGAUCAUUGUCAAGGCCAUUUCUGCACUGCUGCUCCUCCUACUGAAGCACUUCAAACUUAACCAUAUAUACCAGUUUGAGUAUGUAUCCCAACAUCUGGUAUUUGCCAACUGCAUCCCUCUCAUCCUCAAGUUCUUCAAUCAAAACAUCAUGUCUUAUAUCAGUGCUAAAAACAGUAUCUGUGUGCUGGAUUUCCCUCACUGUGUGGUCCAUGAGAUGCCUGAACUCACUGCUGAAAGCCUGGAAGCUGGAGAUAAUAAUCAGUUCUGCUGGCGGAAUCUGUUCUCAUGCAUCAAUCUUCUGCGAAUCCUCAACAAACUCACCAAGUGGAAGCACUCAAGAACCAUGAUGCUGGUGGUGUUUAAGUCUGCUCCAAUCCUGAAGAGGGCACUAAAGGUCAAGCAAGCCAUGAUGCAACUUUAUGUCCUCAAGCUCCUCAAGAUUCAGACCAAGUACCUGGGCCGCCAGUGGAGGAAGAGUAACAUGAAGACCAUCUCAGCAAUCUACCAGAAGGUCCGGCAUCGACUUAAUGAUGACUGGGCUUAUGGAAAUGAUAUUGAUGCACGGCCAUGGGACUUUCAGGCGGAGGAAUGUGCUUUGCGAGAGAGCAUAGAGAAGUUCAAUGCACGGAGGUACGAUAAGAACCAGAACAGUGAAUUUGUCCCGGUGGAUAACUGCCUGCAGAGUGUGCUGGGCCAGCGAGUCGAGCUGCCCGAGGACUUCCACUACAGCUAUGAAAUGUGGCUGGAAAGAGAGGUCUUCUCUCAGCCCAUUCAAUGGGAAGGCCUGCUGCAAGCUCAGUGAUGCAUCAAGACAUGAACUAGUUCAAAAGCAUCCCGCAUGUACAGACUACACACAUGCAGACAGCACAUGUGCCAGUGAUAUUCUUCCUGUAAAUUGAGUGCUUGUAAAUAGAGAUAUCUUCAAAUGCAGCAUAUGGGUUUUCCAUGAUUUUAUUUAUGAAACAUCAUCCAGUCAUGUGUACUUCUGAUGACAGUAUGAAGUACAUAUCCUCCAUUUGAACUUUUACGUGUAAAAAUCAUUUAAAAAAUUUUAAUUAUGAAAACAAUAGACAAAUAUAACCAUGUUCUACAAGACGAAUGAAGGUAUUUAUCUAUUCUUUUAAAAUUUAUUCAGUCUGGAACUGUUGAUAAAACAAAUUUUGAUGCAUACUGAUAUGUGUAUAUAGAACAAAAAAAAUGCAUGUUGUCGAGACUUUGUUUUAAAAAAAGAAAAAAAAGGCCAACAUGGCAACCACAAGCAUUAGACGUGUGUCAGCAAGACCAGAAGAACUGGCCCUUAAAUAUUUUUUCCAAAGAAUGUUGCUGUCUCUCAAAUUUUGCAUAGUCUCUCACUUCCACCGUGUACUAGAGAAACGUCCUUGAGCAAGUCACGCUUCAUUUUGUACGUCAGAUGGCCGAGCUCCUUACCAUGCUGGAUGAUUAGAAUGAGCUCCAACAGAACAACACAAAAGCACAGAAGUGUCCUUGGUGAAAAGCAUCACCCUCUUUACAAAUAGCAAGGUUUCAACAUAAUGGUGCUGUUUUUUUAACACGAUUUUAUUGAUCUCCUCUGUCUUUUUUCCUAAGUGAGAACACGAGAGGUAAAUGAGAGGCAUUUACCUCUCGUGUUCUCACUUAGUCAUAAUAAAAUGACACUAAAGAAAAGUUUGUUUUAAUACUAAACUUUGUUCUACCAAGAGAGGAUUUUAUACACCUCAUUUCCAAAAUUGUUGUAUAUGAUUAUUUUAUUGUUCUGUUUAAAGAAAAAAUAUAUAUCAAUACAUUGUGUCCUGACAUACCUUCCAACAAUAAUUGCAGUCUAAUGCAAUUUUUGAUUAAUUGUUUUUUAAUGUACAGCAUAUGACCAUAUAAAGAGCCUAACAUGUAAAUGUCUGAAAACUAUUGAGGAACAUGUAUGAAUCAGCUGCACCUGUGUCUUUAUAGUGUCUUACUUAUUCUCCGAUAUCACUGUCACAAAUUAAAAAUAUGACCUUAA